AUGGCUCCAAAGCUCAACAACCCCGAACUCCUUAGAACCAAGCCGUUCAUCAACGGUGAAUGGAUCGAGCUGAAGUCAUCCAAGACUUUUGAUGUGGUCGAUCCCGCUACCGAGACGUUGAUCGCUACUCUUCCUGAUCAAACUCCGGAGGAGAUAGACGAAGCUAUCCAGCUUACCAAGGAUGCUUUCGACAGCUACAAGAAGACAAACGCUGUGGAUAGAUCUCGCUGGUUGCGCAAUUGGUACAAUCUUAUGCUCGAGAAUCUCGACGAUUUGGCAACCCUUAUCACUUGGGAAAAUGGUAAAUGCCUCAAUGAUGCCCUUGGAGAAGUCAAGUACGCUGCCUCGUACUUUGAAUGGUUUGCCGAAGAAGCAAAGCGUAACUACGGUCACACCAUUCAGCCAGCCAACAACAACAAUAAGGUUAUCACUUACAAGCAACCUGUCGGUGUGGUUGGUCUCUUGUGCCCAUUCAACUUCCCUGCUGCUAUGGGUGCCAGAAAAGCUGCUCCUGCUUUGGCUGUUGGAUGUACUUGUAUCAUGAAACCAGAUUCUCAGACUCCAUUGACUGCUUUGGCUAUGGCAUAUUUGGCGGAACAGGCUGGUUUCCCCAAGGGUGUUUUCAAUGUGGUGUUGAGCUCUAUUGAGUCCACGCCAGUAUGUGGAUUGAAGUUUUGCGAGUCGCCAUUAAUCAAAAAAGUCUCCUUCACUGGCUCCACUCCUGUCGGAAAACUCUUGAUGAAGCAGCUGUCGUCCACGCUCAAGAAAUUGUCUAUGGAGCUUGGCGGGAAUGCACCUAUUCUCGUGUUUGACGAUGCUAAAUUAGACCAAGCCGUUGACCAAGCGCUUGCUUCUAAAUUUCGCUCCUUGGGCCAGACUUGUGUCUGUGCCAACCGUAUCUACGUCCAAUCAGGUAUUUACGAUGACUUUUGCAAGAAGUUUGCUGAGAAGGUUAAGCAGUUUAACAUUGGUAAUGGAUUCGAUAAGGGCGUCACUCACGGCUGUUUGAUCAACACCAAAGCCAUUGAUAAAGUGGAAGAGCACGUCAAGGAGGCUGUUGAGAAUGGAGCAGAGGUGAUUGUGGAAGGCGGUCGUCUUACCGAUCUUGGCAAGCACUUUUACGCUCCUUAUGUGAUUGGAAACGUGAACAAGAAGAUGAAGUGUUUCAACGAAGAAACGUUUGGCCCUCUUGCAGCUAUUGCCAAAUUUGAAACACAACAGGAGGCUUUGGCGGAGUGCAAUGAUACCCCAUUUGGCCUCGCAGCGUAUGUGUUUCUGGAAAGCCUCAACCGGGUGUGGCAAGUGUCAGAGGAGCUUGAGGCCGGUAUGGUUAGUGUGAACAGUGGUAUUUUCACCGAUGCAGCUUUACCAUUUGGCGGAGUCAAGGAAUCUGGUUUUGGUAGAGAAGGUUCGCUUUACGGAUUAGACGACUACACGGUGGUGAAGAGCAUUUCGCUUGGUAACGUUUACGGCCCAGUGUAA